GCCCCCCUCCCUUCCCCGCCCGGAUCCGGCCGGGCGCCCAGUGCCGUGGUUGGGCUGCGCGGCGGGCGCUCGAGGGCUCUGCGCGAUUGGAAUAUGGUUGGGGAAAUGGAAACCAAGGAGAAGCCGAAGCCGAGCCCCGAUUACCUGAUGCAGCUGAUGAACGACAAGAAGCUGAUGAGCAGCCUCCCCAACUUCUGCGGGAUCUUCAACCACCUCGAGAGGUUGCUGGACGAAGAAAUUAGCAGAGUACGGAAAGACAUGUAUAACGACACAUUAAAUGGUAGUACGGAGAAGAGAAGUGCAGAAUUACCAGAUGCUGUGGGACCUAUUGUACAGUUACAAGAGAAACUAUAUGUGCCUGUAAAAGAAUAUCCAGAUUUCAAUUUUGUGGGAAGAAUCCUUGGUCCCAGAGGACUAACAGCUAAACAGCUCGAGGCAGAAACAGGAUGCAAGAUAAUGGUCCGAGGAAAGGGCUCAAUGAGGGACAAAAAGAAGGUCUCCUUUAAGAGCAGAGGCAACCUUGAUCCAGCAGUUUUGGAGGUAGAGGAGGAACAGAACAGAGGCAAGCCCAACUGGGAACACCUGAAUGAAGACUUACAUGUACUAAUCACUGUGGAAGAUGCUCAAAACAGAGCAGAAAUCAAAUUGAAGAGGGCUGUUGAAGAAGUGAAAAAAUUAUUGGUACCUGCAGCAGAGGGAGAAGACAGCCUUAAAAAGAUGCAGCUAAUGGAACUUGCAAUUCUGAAUGGCACUUACAGAGACGCCAACAUCAAAUCACCAGCCCUUGCCUUUUCUCUUGCAGCGACAGCCCAGGCUCCAAGGAUUAUUACUGGGCCUGCGCCUGUUCUCCCCCCAGCUGCCCUGCGUACUCCUACGCCAGCUGGCCCUACCAUAAUGCCUUUGAUCAGACAGAUACAGACCGCUGUCAUGCCAAAUGGAACUCCUCAUCCAACUGCUGCAAUAGUUCCUCCAGGACCUGAAGCUGGUUUAAUUUACACACCCUAUGAGUAUCCCUAUACACUGGCACCAGCGACAUCAAUUCUUGAGUAUCCUAUUGAACCUAGUGGCGUAUUAGGUGCGGUGGCUACUAAAGUUCGAAGGCACGAUAUGCGUGUCCAUCCUUACCAAAGGAUUGUGACCGCAGACCGAGCCGCCACCGGCAACUAACCUAUGACCUUCUGACCUCUGAACUCUUCACCCAAUGAUGACCUGACCAUGCCUGCCUGCUGAUCAGUUAACUGGUAAUCGCCUUUGCUUGCCUGUCUUCAGUGCAGCGAGCUGAGGCACUUGUCCGUUCGUCUUACCAUCUAACAAAAAAGACAAAGAAAUUAAUUGUCCUCCAACUCAGCUUUUUUUUCCUGUUUGGGUGAAAGUGGUUCUAGAACCUGCACUGAAUAGUAGUAAAGCAAUAAGGUCCAAUUCAUCCCUCAGCACUGAUCAUCCUUUAGUGUCCCACCCUAAACGAACGGUAAGAAGGCCUCACUUAAGUGAUGGAGACAGAUGUCCCUUAACUACCCCAUGACAGAGGCAGUUACUGUGAGCGACUUCUAGGAAUCUUUUUCUUCUCAUAAUGAAGUCAAAGCUCUCUUUGAAUGUACUGUGUGAUGAUGCAUCAUGCAUGAACCUUUGGUCAGGGAUGUCAUUGGUGAAGGGAUUCUAAAAAGUAUUCAAAAUUUGACUUGCUGUUUAGUCACUACCAGUGCCCUCAAAGGGCAAAAGUUGCAGCCUUUUUUCUAUUGCCUGCCAAAUUGGAUGUUUUAAAAGAACGUGUGCCAUGAAAGAUAGAUUUCAGUGAAUUUUCAGAACUAUGUUAAUGCAAAGAACAAAACAGCAACACUAUGAAAGCAAAAUCUGAGUUAUGAUUACUUUAACCAUAUUUAAACUUUCUUAAAAGAUUACAUGAGAACAAGGUACAUGCAUUAUGUGUCACAUUACUGGGCAAACUGUUCAAAUAUUUUUUUUAAACCUCCCUGUAUAGAAAAAUUUCAUUAAGGAUGUAAAAGCCAUGCUUGCCUAUUUGCUGUAUACAUGUAAUGAAAUUGUAGAUAAAGUGUAGUGCAUUGAAACAAAAUGAACAAAAAAGUAGAUACUUUUACUAUACAAGGGUGCUGGUGCAGAAAAAAUAUAUUUUUGGAAAUGUAGCAUUUUAUACUUUCAAGUGUUAUAAAAAAAAGAAAAAAAGAACAAAGAAACAACCCUUUAUUUCAUUAAAUGAUUUUUUCUGGUGGUUGUCAAGAAACAAAAGACCAAAAGAGCCUUUUUGUCUUUCUUUUUUAUUUUUUAAGUAUUGGAAUAAGUCUAAAGAAAAGGAAGUGCCUUAUUUUCUUCAUGGUCAUUUAGUAAAAUCUCUCGUAUAAUCAGCUCCUCCCUCAGACAACAAGUUAAUGCGUGCCACUUACUCGCCCAGUAUGUGAAAAGAAGCUGGGAAAGGAAGACAAAUGAGUUGACCAUUUGAAAUACCUGAUUUUUGCCAUAGUAGCAUGAUGCAACUUUGCAAAAUUUUAUAAUGUGAAACAUUUGAUAAUUUUUCUAUCAAAUGCUGGCCCCCAUUAGUCUUGCAACAUUUUCACCAUCUCAAACCAUAGUUAACAUAUUUUGUUUCAUGUACUUGCUCAAUCUAAACCAAAGGGUUCUGACUCAUUCUAAAUCAGAGCAUUAGCUAACAAAUGUUUAUAGGGCAGCAAAUGCUCCAUUUUGUUCAGAGGAUGGUGAGGAGUUGUCUUGAUUUGAAAUAUUGACAAGUAUAGCAGACCUUGUACUUGUCCACAGAAUAAAGUUUGGUGAAUAAUGAAAUUGAACAUGUUUAACUAAUUUUAAGUCUGACCUAAGCAUGUCCCAGUAUUUUGUAAGCAGCUCCCAUAGUGUCAAAUAGUGUGUAAGAUAUUCAUUUCUCAUCAGCCCCUGCCUGCUUGAUUGAUAUUGAUUGUUUAUUGCUUUUUAUUCAAAAGAAAAGCAGGAAAGACUCAUUAACUAACUAUUUAAAAAUUCAUCUAUAAUUCAGUAUUAUCUUUUAGCACCACAUGAAAUUCAUGUAGCUAGACCAUAAUAGCUGAGAAGCUUUUUUGAAUAGUGUUGAAUUCUGAAAAUAUUAAGCAAGUAUCAGUUUGCUAAUGGCUCAGUAUUAGACUUGGCAAAUAUCAGGUGAUAAUUUAUUUCCCCUGUUGUCAACUUAUUCUCCUCCUGAAAACCUUCAUAGCUUCCAAAUCAAAGGUCAAUAGUAAGCUAAGAAAGAGGGUUUACAGUUUAAGCACCUGUAUGGUGACCUCAUCUAACAUCUUGUCUCACCUGGAAACAAUUAUCAGUUUAUUUACUAUGCAAUAGACAUUCAUCCUUUUGUAUUCAGCUAGCUUUUGUUUAUCGUGCCACCAGCUUUGUCUUCCUGUUACACAUACAGUUGUUUUGACUUAAUUUACAGUAUAUAUGCUGUGCCAUUUUGAUUUUUGUUUGUUUGGUUGAAUAGAUCUGCGACACUCAAACAUUUGAGAAGAGAUUUGCUAAAACAAUACCAGUAUUUGAUCCAGAUUCAUCUCAACUAUGAUAAACCUGGACAUUUUUUGUGACAUGUAAUAGUAAUGUUUGCUCUGAAUGAACAAACUUUUUGAAAACAUAGUUGACAAAAUUUUGGAUCAACUUAAAAAAAAGCAUGACUUUUGAAAUCUCUGAAUGCCUUGGUUCUCAGUAUUAUAAUUCUUUAUUGAAUUUUUCUUUAUUAAAAUAUGUAGUUUUAAGACUUCUUUCUGACAGUAUUAUGAAAUUUUUUUAGAGUGGGUAGAUGGGAGUGUCGCUUGUAUGUAACAGUACAGAUGACAUGUAUUUGUCUAUUCUUUAUUAUCUUAGUAGUUUCAUGCUGUGUAUGUAUCAUAACCAACCUAUUGCCUAUGAGAAACAUGUAAGAUAAUGUAUUUACAGCCAUUGUUACAAGUUUAUAAUGUAUUUUUCUAUCUUGUUUUAUAUGUAUGUUAUAUAAAACAUUCAAUUUUUUUCCUGAUUGAGAAAAAAGGAUACAAAAAUGCAAAACCCACAAUUUUUGAUAACUGAAAAUUGCCAAUUGUUUUGCAGUACUUUAUUAUAUUGGGAGUGUUGUCUUUCUUGGGCUUUUAGUUAGCUACUGGAUGAAUACAUUAGACAUAUUUGGGUUUUAGUUGGGUUUUUACAUAGCUUGCAUUUUAAUUCUUUGGUUCUUUGCUGUUUCUAUUAACCCAUAGCAUUAUUUUAAUAAAUGUUAUAAUACAAACCUACUAACUCUGGACUAUGUCUGUUUAUUAACCAUUACAUGUUUAAUUAAAAUAAACAAAGAUGGAAGAAUGUAAAGUCUUGAGUUACUGGACUAACCCUGAAGAACGUGACCACAGAUAACACAUGACUUGUAUUUAUGUUGUUUGUCGGCUGAGAUUCUGCACACUACUAUUAAAUUGGCUUUUGGUCAUUCUGGCCUUUACCUUGGGGUUAGGUAGAGUAGAGAUGGGAACAAAGUAGCAUAAUUUGAAGCAUUCUUCUUGUAGUCUUGCCACUUGCCUUUCAGCAUCUGCAUUACUAAUUCCACACAUUACUUUUUCUUUCUCUAAAAUAAUCACUGUCAGCUCACAGCAAACGAGCAAAGAUGCCAGUAUAUUGGUAAAUCGUGAUGGUGUACCCAGAGAAACCAGUUUGAUUCUUUGUUGAACCAUAUUGAUGUCACAGUAAAUCUCAUUGAAAUUUGCCAUUCUUUAUUUAAAGCACACGAUUCAGUGUCACAUCUUGUGACUCUCUUGUAUUUUGUAUAAGCACACAUUACUACUGGACUAUAUUUUUUGUGUCUCUGAAGCAAGGAACUGGCUUUUUUUCUAGUAUGUCACAAAAAUUUUCCUGCAGAUUGUUUUAUUUCCUACUUGACAUACUAUUUAUGUAAUUUUUGUGUACGUCUGUAGUCUGUCAUUAUCACCUAGCUCAGGGGAGUACAACUUCUGAAAAGCCAAAGAUCAAGCUGGAUCAUUUCCUGAUGACUACAGAAAGUACAAAAUACUAAACCUGUUGCACUGUAUUACUGAGAAAUAGCCAGGAAUGUAAAUGGUGAAAACACAGUAGUAAAUACGUUUUUGGUUUUGAGCUUCUAUGCAAAUAACUUCUACAGAGAAACUUCGUAUUUAAAAUUUUCUACUAUUUGAAGUUUUGUUUGUAGCCUAGUUAGGCUUCCAAGAUUUGUGCUUAAAUGUACAGUAAUUACCAGCUAUUGUCUUGGGAGACUCUUGAUGCAUAUCACUUAUUUCCCUGAUAUUGACAGUUUACUUUUCUGUGAACUAGCGAUCUACUUGCCUGGGAAUAAAAAUUCAAAUGAGAAAUCAGCAUCUGUUCAAAACUGUAAUAAUUCUUAUUUUAAAAAGUGGAAAGUUCUCCCAAUUUUUUUAAGUUAGUUUAAUUUUAUGUAGAAAAACUGGGCCUACCACUAAUUAAUACGUAGUUUGUGCAUUAAUUUGUUAGGCAUGUUGAUAUGCAACUGGAUAUUUUUAAUACCCAUUUAAACAUCUAGUUUAAUUUACAGAACUGUACAGAUGCAACUGUAAAAUAGAGAAAAUUGAUACAUCUAGAACAGGCUGCACGUGUACCAAAAAAAGUACUUUUGGGGGCCAUUCACUGCUUAUACUCUGAAUGCAUUGCUAUUCAAAAAUUCAAUGAAACAGUGUAAAAAGAAAAUAACUCAUAGUGGAUAAAAUCAGAACCUUAUGAUUCAAGUAAUGUGACAUCACAACUAUGAAUUUAGAGUUAUAUAGAAAAUGCUCAAAAUGGUUGAGGCAGGACAAGUGUUUAAACUUUGAAAUGUCUAGAAAUUUGAUUAAAACUUCCAGGGUGGGACUAGACAUUUAGUUUUUGGAUAGCAAAAUAUCUUUGUUCCAGGGGCAAUUAGUUGGAUGCUUAUGAUACAACUUUAUGAUCUUCAUUAUCUUUUAUUAUCCAUGAACUACUGUCAUAGUUUGCCCACAGUGGGCAUUUUCAUCUCAUUGUCAAUUAUGCAUAGUAAUGAACAUUUGCCCAGAGGAGAAUUGGGGGGUUGUUUUUUUUAAAACUGAAGGAAAACAAUAAGCCUUAAAAGCAAAAUAACUCUUUUUAACACAAAUUAAUGUUACUAUUGAACAUAAGUGCAGGUCUCCAUCUUGUCAACUAUAAAAAGGCAACAAUUUAAGAUGAAUUUCUAGCACUUGAGCUUGAUAACUUCAGUGUUGCUCUAUUGUUAAAAUUUUUUGUGUGUUUAAUUCUGGAAGGGUAAAAUGUCUUUCAGAUUUUUUAAAAGGCAUGUAUUCAAGAAAACCUACAGCAUUGCAAUUCCUUCCAGCAAAAUGGAGUCAAUUUAAAUAAGUAUAUUUUAUUUCAUUUAAUUUAAAUUUUUAUGUAAAUGUAAACAGAAGUACAACAAAACCCUUUUAAAUAAAUACUGGAUGAAGCAAUAUACUUUUCAAAAACAACACUUCAGAAAAUCAGCGUCUUGGAAUCUUACUGUGCAUCAAACCAAAAUGUUUCAUAGAGAGUCCCCAAAGCCUGACUUUAAGUUUCUUUUGUCAGAUAUUUAAUCAGUUUUAGAUUACUAAUCAGUAUUUACUAAUAUACUAUUUGAACAGAUCUUUUAACAAGUUUGUGUAAAAAUCCACUGAUACAUAAUAUAACAAGCUAAAAUUGCUUCCUUUCCAAAUCACACCCUUUAAUCUAUGGGGACCACUGAAAAGUUUUCUGCACUGCAAAAUGCUGUAGGAAAAUCACACUAAAGUAUGUUGCUACCCAAUAAAAAAGAAUGCUGAAAAAUAUAACUAUGAAACUUCCUUAUGUAUCUGGAUAAUUAAACGGGCACUCUAAAUGGCACAUUACAAAAUAAAGUCCUUGUAACGCUUUUUACAAACA